ACUUGAAAACAGGUAAUUGACCGACCAGUCGCACAGGAAAGUCACUACAAGCACAAAGAGUGGUCAUUCUUUCAUGACCUUGUCCUCUCCUUAUUUAAUAAGAGAAGCACCCUCUCAUUGUCUUGGCUCGCCCAAUCUUCGUCUCGGGAUUUCAAGCAGUGACAUACAUUUCUUGUUAGUGGAGUGGUCUUGUCUUUGAUCAUACUCCCGCCUCUGCCAAGCUCGUCGCUUCAGCAAUAUUAAGAAGACCAACGACUUCUUUAAGCGAAGUGCUGCUCUUGCUAUAAAACAUGGCAUCACUUGUCGCAAAGCUCGUCACCAAGAAGAUCUUGGGAGAGACUGUCCAGAACAAAUUUGGAACUGAGGAUCCCUACUUUGAGCAUGUCCCAGCUACUCGCCUAGAUGGAACGCCUACUGGCAAAGUUAAAAAGCGAAAGAAGGCUCUUCCUCCAGGCAUUUCCGAAAAUGAUGGCAAGGUUUUGACCAAGGUCAAGCGCCGAGCUUACCGUCUCGACCUGGCUCUUUUCAGUUGCUGCGGCAUCCGAUUUGGCUGGGGUAGCGUUUUGGGAUUAAUCCCUGCAAUUGGUGACGUUUUGGAUAUGUUGCUUGCCCUUUUGGUUAUGAGGACCUGCAUGAAGAUCGAUGGUGGGCUGCCAACCUCUGUCAAGUCCAGGAUGAUGUUCAAUAUCAUCAUCGACUUUGUCAUUGGAAUUGUGCCCUUUGCUGGAGACAUAGUCGACGCGGCUUUCAAAGCCAAUACUCGCAAUGCUGCACUUCUUGAGCAACACUUGCGUGAGGAAGGACGCAAGAACUUGAAGAAGAGCGGAUUGCCAGUGCCAGCCAUUGACCCCAGCGAUCCUGAACAAUUUGAUCGACUUCAGGCCCAGGAUCCACCAGAGUAUGUGUCAAACCCACCAUCGCGAAAUCCCUCCAUGUCGGAGCGUCGUCGACACAGCCGCAGUCGCAGCCGAGAUCGCCGCCGUGAUGAUCGUCCCAUCGAGCCGGAACCGGCACGAGUCCGCGAGAGCCGCGGAUUCUUUGGUCGCAGCAGAGCUCAACCACACGAUAUUGAAACAGGUGAAGCUGAGCGUGGGUCCCGAAGUCAAAGAUCACAGCGACGAGAUAGAGACCGACGCUAAAGUCGGCAACUCGGAUUUACGUGGACGGCGAGGGAAAUGAAGAGAAAGGAAAUAGACCGACCACGCUGACGGAAGGGCGGGCCCUUGUGAGUCAGGAUUAUUAUGAUGGGGUGAGGAUAUUUGGUAAUGCUUGUAUGAUCGGAAGAUGGAGACGCGUUUCAUUGUCGUGUUGUCUAUGAAUGAUGUUCAGUAUGGACACCUACCCUUACCUUACGAAUCUAUGAGACGCCAUGACACUUACUGAUUGAUAAAGUGGGUGCAGUCGUGCGUGGGUUGUAAUCCUCGAAUUAGAUUAGAGAAUAAGAUCUGAUAACUUUACUUGGCA